AUGAAAAAAGCCGCCCAAGAAUUCAAUUUUGAUAAAGCGGCGGAAUACCGUGAUUUAAUUUUAGAUUUACAAAGAGCAGAAAUAGGUAAGGAAACCUUAAGCAUCGCCAUUAAAGAAAAUACUUAUCAGCAUUUAAAGAAAAAGAUUAAGCCCGGCAAAAUCAGUUCUUUUGUGAACCAAGCGGUCGAAAAGAAAUUAAAAGAACUAUCCCAAGCUGAAAAGCAAGAAAAAGAACAGUUAAGAAAAAGAUUAAUCGUUGCUUAUCAACGACAAGCCAAAAAUAAGAAAUUACAGUCGGAAUUAGCAUUGUGA